GUGCUUGUUUGGUGUUGGUUGGUUCUUCUGUUCAAUGUCUCAAUAGCAAGAAAGAAGAAAGAGACCAACUUUACCUAGUACUUCCGACUGUGCUUCUUUGCUGCAGCCACUAUUCAUUCGUUCCACCCCCCCAUUCUUAUUGAUUGCUCCUCCCUCUUCGAUCCAUCACCUUUUUCCGCUUCUUAUUCUCCUCUUCCUCUUCGUCUUCUUCCUCUUCUUCCUUUCUUUCUUCUCUUCUUCCUCUUCCUCUUCCUCUUCCUUCCUUUCCACUUCACCUCAUCUACCUCUAUUCUUCCCGCCUAGUGCGCCUGGAGCUACUCCCCGAAUCCCUUCUCCCGACUUCCUUGUUUGUUUUUCCACCCCCCGUUACAACCUUCCGAGGGGUCCAACUCUACUACCCCAUAUUUCUUCCUCCUUCAUUUCCUCUACUCUUCCGACUCACCACUUUCAUCUAUCCUAUAUUCGUCGCCAUGGCGCAAAUUCGUGGCACUGCCGGUUACAACCUCGGCCACCAGAACCCCUUUGGCGGUCCUGGCCGAGCAGAGGCAACGAGCGACCCGAGUCCAUUGGAUGCUAUCCGGGAGCAGACCAGCAAGAUUGAGGAUUGGCUCGACACAAUGGCCGAUCCGGUUAAGCCAUAUCUCCCAGCCAUUGGUCGGUUUUUGAUCGUGGUUACCUUCCUCGAAGACAGCCUGCGUAUGAUCACGCAAUGGAACGACCAACUGCUGUACCUGCGUGAUUACCGGAAAAUACCAUGGGGAAUCACGCAUACUUUUCUUCUCGUCAAUAUGAUCGCCAUGUCGGUUUGCUCGGUUUUGGUCAUCGCUCGCAAGCACACUGAGUUUGCCGUCGCGGGUUUGUUGGCCGUCGUUAUUACCCAGGGUCUCGGAUAUGGAUUGAUUUUCGACCUCAACUUCUUCCUUCGCAACCUGAGUGUGAUCGGCGGUUUGCUCAUGGUGCUUUCCGACUCGUGGGUGCGCAAGAAGUUCGUCCCUGCCGGUCUGCCCCAGCUGGAUGAGAAGGACCGCAAGAUGUACGUCCAGUUCGCUGGUCGCGUGCUGCUCAUCUUCCUCUUCAUUGGGUUCGUCUUCUCGGGCCAGUGGAGCAUGUGGCGCGUGCUGGUCAGCUUGUUCGGCUUCGUCGCUUGCGUGAUGGUCAUUGUGGGAUUCAAGGCCAAGUGGAGCGCUAUCAUUCUGGUUGUGUUGUUGAGCGUCUUCAACGUGCUGGUCAACAACUUCUGGACUCUUCACCCUCACCACCCUCACAAGGACUUCGCCAAGUACGACUUCUUCCAGAUCCUGUCUAUUGUCGGUGGACUCCUGCUUCUGGUCAACAUGGGCCCCGGUCAGCUGAGCAUGGACGAGAAGAAGAAGGUCUACUAAACGACGGAACGACGAAGACCAACGACGUCGACGACUCCGCUGCCGUUCGAAUCCGGCUCACGUGCGCGCUUGUAUGACGCGAGGGCUCUCCCGGGCCUUGGAGACGACCCUUAGCUUAUACGAAUUGCUUUCCCUUCUCUCUUCCAAUAGCUUCUAUGAUUGUUCUUGGAAAAGAAACACCCAGUCCCGGUCGCCUUAGCUCUGCCCCUCGAAUACCACUACCAUGAUCUCGCCAGUCAACGGAUAAACCAACCUCAGAAUCAAUAAACAGACAAAAAAAAGGAAGAACUCGAAUCCAAUGUUCAUUAGCUCGGUUUAGCUAUCUGUGCAUGAUGAAAAUGUUCACCCAUUUAU